AGUGAGCUCUCAAAAAAUCUGCACUGUUUAUGGUACAAACCCAAAAUAUCCUGUUCACAUUGGGCUUGCACUGUUUUUUUGUUUAAAUGAGGGUGAUCAUGUUUACAUUUAGUAUUUGCAUGUGCAGGUCACUCAUUUUUAAUGUAGAGACACGCGAACCACUCGCUGCAAUUGGUUAAGGGAACCACAACAACCGCCAGUAAACUGACCAUAAAAUGCGUUAAAAUCGUCACUGUCUGUUAGACGUCGUUCAACUGGCAAGAGCGACGGACGGACAGCAACGCAACAGUGGAAGAAUAAAAAUCGUUGUGAAUAAUAGUGAUAAUACAAUAAAGAAAGCUAAAGCUAAAAACAUGUGCAGAUUAAAUCGCGACUGGAGCAACUCAAAAAGUCGCGGACUUUGAAAGGAUACUUUAGAAGCGCAACGUAAGAAACACGAGUUGGAGGCAUGCCACCAAAGCGAAGGCGCAGAUUUCAUGGACUCUAUUACCAUUCAUCGCCGCCAAAGGUCAUGCCAAUGAACGGACAGGCAGCCGGCAGCCAAAAUGGACGCAAGCGCCGUGAGAACGAUGAUUUCUCCGUGAAGCUAUCAACUAUACGCAUCUGGAUGCACGAAAAGGACAUUGGCAAGCUGACGCGCAUAUUGUGGGCGGGCCAGGGACAACGCCUCUGUCAGCAGGCCAGCAAUAACGGGCGUGUCAAACGCUUUCUGGCCGCAGUGCCACAUGUGAUGAAUGCCACCAAGGAUCUGCAUCAGGCGGUAAUCGAUAACAGUUUGGAGACGUUGCAAAUGCAGUUGGAACCACCGGUGCCACCAUCAAUGGUCACCGCCAAGGACAGCAAUGGUCUAAAUAUCAUACACAAGGCCGCCGGCUUGGGUCACACCAAGAUACUCGAGUAUCUCAUUGGCCUGUGGCCGGAGGGCGCCCACGAGAUCGAUAUAACGGGCAAGACGCCGCUGCAUUGGGCCGCCAGCGCCAAGAAUAAUAUGCGCUGCUAUACGCUGCUCACCCAGGCCGGCUGCGAUGAGGAGGCACAGGAUUAUAAAAUGAAGACACCCUCAUACUAUCGCCACAAGCCGCACGAAAUCGAGCGGGCCUAUUUAGUCUAUGUGCCGGAAGCGCCUCGCAUCUCCCCGGAUAGCGUCACCGACUGGGAGGCACUUAGCGAUGAUAGCGACAGCAACGCCGGUGGCGAUGCCAGCAGCAAUAGCAGCAAGCCAAGCAAGAAAUUGGAUAUAAAACCAGCAGCCGCUGUAAAUGGUCGUAAAUCGUUUGACGACAGCGUUGAAAACACCUCCGAAUUGGACACGAAUGAUGGUACCAGCGUCAAUGAGGAUGAUGAUUUGUCCAAGCCAGAUCCGGAUGUGGAUGUGGAAGUGGAUCCAGAAGCGGAAGUGCCCCAGCAACGUCGUCCGGAAACGCCGGCGGCAUUUGCAACUGGCGAUGUUAGCGACACAGCCGGCGAUACCGAAAGCGAAGCUGAGAAUAUUGCAAGAGCUGUAAGCGACGAUGAAGAUGCUGAUAAGGUUGAGCCAGAAGCAGCAGAGCAACCAGCGCAGGAUGAAGCGGAGGCGGAGACGGAGGCGGAGGCGGAUGCAGAUACAAAUGAUGAUGAGCAGCUGGCUGAGAAUGGGGAUUUAGAUGCUGAGAGUGAGAGUGAGCAAAAUGCAACUGAAAAGACUGAAGCAAUUGAGAAUGGGAACGAAGUCGCAGAGCUGAAUGAAAUAUCAAACGAAACAAAUGCUGAAACAAAAGAGCAUGAAGAAGAUCAUGUGGAGAUGGCAGAUGCUACUGAAGAAGAGGCAACUGGAGACAAUGACGAAGAGAAAGACACUACUGGUACUGCUGCUGCUGCUGCUGCUGAUGAUGAGGAGGAGGAUGUGGAAGAGGACGACGAUGAGGAUGUGAUAGCGACAACGCCGAACAGGCCCACUCAAGAGGAGACACAAAAACAGCUGCAACCGGAACAGGAUCUGGUACCGGAUAAUGAUGGCGGCGAUUCGCUUACCUCCUCGCUGGCUAUCGAGGGUUUUGUGCAGGGUGCCGCCGAGGAUUUUACAGUUCAGUCUCAAACUGCAGCUAAUGAAGUUGAUGAAGAUGCCACCCUGCAGCAGAUCAUCGAGUCGGGCGACAUGGAGCAGCUGGCCGAGAUUGUGUUAAAUGGCGAGGGAGGACGACUACUGGGCCUUAAGUCCAAGGAGGCCGAGAUUCAAGCGUUUCUCAAUAACGUGCCCAGCUAUAUGGAGAAAAUCCAUCGCGUGCAUGACGCGGCACGUGACGGCAGUUUGUUGGCGCUGCAGCAGGCACUGGAUCGCCGGAAGUUUGCCAUUGCGAAGGACGACAUAUCGCCAAAUGGCGCCACGCCGCUACAUGUUGCCGUUCUCUUUGGCCACAGCGAUAUUGUACGCUAUUUGGCUUCACGCUUUCCGGAGACCAUGGCAAUUACGGAUAAUGACGGACGUACGGCACUGCACUAUGCGGGCACAAUUAAGGACAACGGCCACUUCUACAAUGUCCUAACGCAGCUGGGCGCUGAUACGAAGGCAGUGGACAAGCUAGGCCAUACACCCGAGUUCUACGUGAAUAUAGACACAUCGAAAGAUGUGCUCACCUAUACCGAACUGCUGAGCGUAUUCGGGGCCGAGGACCUGGAGAAUAAGUUGCUCAGCGAUCAAGUUCCCGAUGAUCUGCAUAGCGCACGCCGCGAGCUGCAGGAUGGUGAAAUUUCAAGGACUCUGGAGCGUUGCUUCAGCGUCAUUGCGGAAUCGGGUAAACUGCUAAGUGGGACCACAGCCUCGGCUCUUUCGCAACGAAAGCCGCUGAGUGCCUCCGCACUGCAGUUGUCGGUGACGAGCUAUCUGAGCCGCUUCCUUAAGCGUGCCGUCUACGAAAGGAUCAAGCGACGACAGACGCGCCUCGAUCAUAGCCUCUUCGAUGUGCUGUGGCCGGCAAUGCGGAAGACAUCAAAACUGCGUCAUCUGGAGGAGGAUAUCAAUUGUGGGAUUAUUGCGCCCGACUUUGAUGUGUUUGUGGUGUUCCAGGAAUUUCUGGUGCCGUUCCUCAAGGACAUGCAUUGCCUGAGCAUCGAUGCGGAGUUCAAGCCGCAGCCGCGACUCGCCUACUUUCCCAUGGACAAUGGCGAGCGUCUCAAUACAGCAGCCUUCGUGUUUGACGAUGAAUCGCUGCUCGUCACACGCUGCAUUGUGGAAGCGUCACGCAAUCUGGAUCAGCUGGAGCUGCCGCUUAACCUGACCAUCGCACAGAUCGAGCAGGCCGAGCGUGUCAUGAUGGGAAAAAUCUUUACGGCCAGUUUCGCGGAGGCCAUUGGCGAAACGGAAUCCGGCAGUUAUUAUACGCUUACCGAGCUCUUGGACCCACACUCUGAGGUGGCCCUUAUGCUGAACAAUCUUGGUCUGAUGAUACCGCUGUUAGAUACCAAAGAUCUGGUGCAGGCCGCUGAGUCGACGGCUUUCAAUGGCGCUCUAUGGCCCUACGGGCGAGGCGUGUAUGUGAAUUCAGCGCAUAAUACGGCUCUGUGGUUGAAUUGUCAAGAGCAUUUGCGCAUCAUUUCGUCCACCGGUAGCAAGGAUCCGGCUGAUAUGGGUGCUGCCUACACACGUGUCGGUCGUGCCGUCUCAUAUCUGGAGACACAGCUGCACUUCAAGGAGAGCUAUCUGCUUGGGUAUCUGCAAUCGCGUCCAGCUUACUUGGGCACAGGGCUUAAAAUGACCACCAUUGUCAAGUUGCCAAAUCUAAUGAAGGAGAUGGACAAUCUACGUCAUCUGUGCUCGGUGCGUGGCCUCAGCAUGGUCACCAAUCGCCUGUCCAAGCUGACAGUUCGUCUGAUUAAUAUGCAGAGCAUGGGCGUUGUGGAGUAUGUCAUGUUUCAGGACUAUUGUACAGCUGUAACGAAUAUUCUAUCGCUGGAGAAGGAUAUGUCGCUGACAAACUCAAAGCAUAUAGCUAAUAUGCUGGUUAAGAUCUUCAGGCGCAAGAAGAACAGCAUUAUCGAUCGCAACUGAUCGAUAAAUCAAGAGAUACAAGCCGCAAGAUACUUACAAAUGAAAGCACAACUCAUACAUUUCUAAUGCAAUUGUAUUGUAAAUACAACCAGAACAACACACCAAAACAAUUAUUAUGUAAAAUAUAUAAAUACAUAUAUUAAGCAA